AUGGAUGAUUUCACACACUCUGGAGUUGAAAAAUCUAUCCUUUCAGGAUACUGCAAAGAGGUUUCAAGCUGGAAUUUUAGAAGUUAUUCAACCUAUUCUGGAACUUUACUAUUUCUGGAUGGUCCUAAAAAGUCUGAAGAAUUGCCUUCAAUUCUUUGGAAGACUUUGGAAGAGCUCAUGCAAGAGAGCAUUGUUGUCAGAACGUGUUUGGAUAACCAGGAUGAGAGGUUCAUAGAACAAGCUGGGACAAAUUCUAAGAUUACAAGCAUGUUGGAAGUGAUUAUGUCAAGAUUGUCCCCUCCGCCUAAAUAA